AUGAUGCAAGAUGGGUUUUCGAACAUGUUGAGCACACCCAUCAAGAAGAUCAGGGAGCUAACCAUUCACAGUCCAGGAGAUGGUUCUGAAGAUCCAGCGUAUGGAUUUCUAUCCUCAGUGAAUCGAAACAAAAGUCUUCAACACCAAAGUAGCCAAGAUACCAUGUCUUUUUCUAGACAAGACUCAAUUUCACCCAUAAGAUACCCAAGCAUGAGUGAGUUCUCUGUAAAACCAGUUCCGCUGGAGCAAAUAUCACAGAGCAUGCUAGAUAGAGGCUAUUCAAGAACAUUAGGAAACAAAGUCUUGCGAGAGCUAGAUAACAGAGCUAACGAGAUAUCGAGACAGAUUUCAACGGGACACAAUGCAAAGACACGUCCAAGCAACGCAAAACUCAAGCGAUACUCACAGUUUCAUAAACCAAUAUUUCAGAAAAUGGAGAGCAUAUCCUCCCAUUAUGCUGCGACACGGGGAGGCUCAACCCACUCACAAUCGAACGAUCUUCUCUCAAGCGCGUCCAAGAAACGAAGAACACUCAACGGACCUGAAGAAAUAUUUGCAAUGGAGAAGGAAAACGAAAGCCCUGUUCGUCGGAAAGACCCCGCUCAGAGAACGAUCAGUGGCCUGGAAGUAUCGUCAACACCAUUUAUGGGUGCAGUUCCGUCCUUGAAGAAAGAAACACCACAAGCAACCCCUCUAUUAUCUUCUCCAUAUCGUGAUCUUGAUGCAUCGCCUUACGUUUCUGCAUCCCCACAAGUUUCUCCAGUCCGGACAUUGGACCCUGCCUCGCAGUCGUCAUCACCAACAAAGUUUACUCGCAUUUCUCCAUCAAAAGGCUCUAUGAAUCUCAAUAAAUUGCUUCUGGAUGACUUUGAGUUUGCAAAGCCGGAAGGCCCAGUUAAAAUCAGACAGUCUUCUUUGCAGAUGGCUGGUGUGGUGCCUACAACAGGUUUGAGUGGCAUCCCCCAGUUACAAAAGAAGCCUUCCUCUUCGAGUUUGCAAAAGAAGCCAUCUCUCACGAAUUUUCAGGGGUCAUCUCUGGCAGGUUUGAACAAAAAGCCCUCAAUUGGGAGUUUGCAACGCGCCUCUGCUCCUUCCACACAUUCGACCCAAAGGGCCGAGCUUCCCAAUUCCAAUUCGAGCAGAAUUGCCUCAACUCGUGAGCAAACACUCAACAAGAAGCCUCUGGUAUCACUGCUUCUGAGUAGAACUGGAACGGUGACUGCGCAGAAAGAGACAAUUUCACUGUUAAAGAAGAAGCUGCUGCUGUCUACUCUCAACAGAUCAUCAUCUGCACAACCAUCACCAAAGGUAUCCAAUACUCGACACAUUUACAAUCUUCCAAAUUCUUCCUCGCAGCGCUCUUCAAUAUCACACUAUGGCAAGCUGUUAGAUCCAACUUUGUCAUCGUCACAGUCGUCGCAUUCUAUUCUGUCAAGAUCUAAUAUCACUAUUCCCAAACCAUUCUCUUUAUACGACAAACCCACAAUAUCAUCAAGCCAGAAGAGUUUUGGAGCCAUGCAAUCAUCUGCAAGUCUGAGAUCAUUGGCGCUGAAUUUAACUUCGAGGAGUGGCUUCCACAAGCAAUAG